AUGACAGCUGAGAAAGGAGAGAACUUUAAAUACGAGGUGGUAUGCCGUUUCGUUGAGCUGUACAAUGAGGAAUUCUACGAUCUUCUCGGCGAUUCACAGCAGAAGCUCACAAUACGUAGCGAUUCAAAUGUAGUUCAACUUCUUGGCGUGUCAGAAGCAUCCUGUUCAGUCAAGCAUCGAUCUUAUGAGGAUCUUGAAAUCGGAUGGGACACAAGAAGAACUGGGGAAACGGCGAUGAAUCGGGAAUCGUCUCGAUCGCAUGCUAUUUUCAUCAUAGACGUGAGAACGGAAGAGUUAAUCAAUACUAUUGUUAACAAGAAGAGUGCUACGCUGAAUAUGGUCGACCUUGCUGGGUCAGAAAGGCAGUCACAAGCCCCAACUGUAGGAAACCGAUUCAAAGAGGCCGUGAAUAUUAACAAGUCACUCAGCGUAUUAGGUCGCGUAAUUCGAACGCUGUCAGCAGCAAAUCGCCGUGGCGAGUUCAUCCCCUAUCGUGAAUCCAAGUUAACUCACAUUCUACGGGAUUCACUCGGAGGAAACAGUAGGACAGCUGUGAUCGUCAACCUUCAUCCUGACAUGGAGUAA